AUGAAGAUGAUGAUCACGAGAUGGUUGAGGUCGAGGGACUUUAUCAUUGAGGACGGUUUCGACUUGCCCAACGGCUUGAGCAUCAGGUAUCACACUGUCUACAACGAGGGGAGCGGUGUCAUGCUAUUGGAGAUUCAAGCCAGGGACCUGGUCUUCGAGCAGCGACAAGAGCUUGGCAGGCCCUGCAAGAGGAAGAGUGGCCAGCAGGAUGAGUUGGAAGGAGGAGGAACUCCGUCGAAUGUAGAGAGUUGGGGUGCAGGAAAGGAUGCUACAAUGUUGAACACUUGUUCUAUGAUGGAGGUUGACGAGUAG